UUGACACCAAACCAAAUAGAGUUUUUAGCAGAAGAUACAAUUAUUACAAUAGUGCCCAAUUUUAAAAUGGAAUCAUUGAUUUUCGUAUCAGGCGAAUACGGCCCAUUCGAACGAUCAUUACCAGUUAAAGUACCACUAUGGCUUGCAGUAUCAUUAAAAAAAAAGAAAAUGUGUAAUAUAGAAACCCCAAAAUGGAUGUCAUUUGAAUAUUUAGAACAACAAUAUAUACAAGAGAACAAAGUGACUGAAGGAUUCGUCGGCUUACCAGAUUAUUUUAUAGAAAUAUCAACAAUUCUUCUAAAAUUAUGUCCCGAUAUCAAAAAUGCAGAUAAAAUUAGAAGUUUAAUUCAAGAUAUUUUAAUUAGAAGACAGAACAAACUAAAUAGCUCUCUAAAAAUUUUAAAAAAUAAUGAACCAAUCAGUACACUGGAGUUUAUAAACUUUUCAAUAAUGGAGAUCAAUAGGGUUAGACCUUUUUUUGUUAGCGGUAUAAAUAAUUUAUAUAAA